AUGGCUCUGGACGUUAAUUUCGAAGGUCCUGGACGCCAAAUAAUGGCUCCGGACUUUUAUUUAUGUUUAACAAACGUUAUUAACAUUCAUUUUUUUGACUUUUUAGGUCCUGGACGCCGAAGAAUGGCUCUGAACUCUUAUUUCGAAGGUCCUGGUGUAUUUACGGUCCUUCAGUUCCGAACUUUGGAGAUAACUGGUUCUUCAGUUUUGGACUUUGGAGAAGAAGGUUCUUCAGUUUUGGACUUUGGAGACGACAGGUUCUUCAGUUUUGGACUUUGGAGACGAUGGGUUCUUCAGUUCCUGGACUUAGUGUUUCAAUCCGUUUAUCCGCAAUUCGUAUCGUGGACGCCUAAUCUUUCGGAUUCCCAUUUCGAAGGUACGGGAAUUCAACUGGAAUCCCAAUUCGAAAGUCCGCAGCUUUCCUUGAAGGAGUUUCAAAAAAAAGUUCCUGGAAAGAACUUCGAAGAAAGCUCCUUGGACAGAACUUCGAAGGUCCAUGACUUUUUGGAUAAGAACUUCUUUUGCUGGUCUUCAGUGGGAGCCUGGGCUUCAGUGGGGGUUGGUUCUUCAGCAGGAGCUGGAGCUGGUGCUGGUGCAAGAGCAGGAGGAGACUUCUUGGAUGAGAACUUCGAAGGUUUGCGACUUCUCAGAGGUCUGCGACUUCUUGGAUGA